AUGGUACCAAAAAGGAAAUAUUUUCAGAGGCAACAAGGCGUUGGCAAAGUUCCAAUUCAGGACCAUAAACGAAGUUAUGGUGAUACAACACAAGCGUCAAUCAGUGGCCUGAGAAAUGUGAUCAACGCACUAUUUACGAGUGACCACUCUUCCAAUUUGGAAACUUUUCUGCGAAGAGUGGUAAGAGAGGAGGUGGAAAAAGAAAUCCUGGGCCAGGCUCAUCUAUUUCCAAGAAAAAGGGUUAACGCCGCAGCCAAACCCUUAAAGUUGUGUUUUCUUAAUAAGUUACCUGAUACAAUUUAUACUCGAUCUAAUAUAAUAGCAGAAGACGGAUCACUCCUUCAAAUUGCUCUAUUUGAUGUUAGAACCAAGUCUGUAGUAAAUGAGGGUCCUCUUUCUUCACUAAAGAUAGAGAUCUGCGUUCUGGAUGGUGGGUUCGGAUCUGAUGGCAGUAAAGAGUGGACAGAAGACGAGUUCAAUUCCCAUAUCUUACGUGAAAGAGAAGGUAGAGAGCCACUUUUGAUUGGAGAGAGGUUUAUUACUCUAAAAAAUGGAGUUGCUUGUAUCCCUAAAAUUGCCAUGUCUGACAACUCAAGAUGGCAAAGAAGCAGAAGGUUCAGGAUUGGAGUCAAAUGUGUGCAGCCAACUUCCAAUGGAGAAAAGAUUCAGGAGGGUAGAAGUGAACCUGUUGUUGUCAAAGAUAACAGGGGAGAGACCUAUAAGAAACACUAUCCUCCAUCCUUGGAUGAUGAAUUAUGGCGCUUGAAGAAUAUUGCUAAGGAAGGAAGAAUCCACAAGCUGCUUUCUUUACAUGGAAUUCACAACGUGAAGGAUCUCUUGCGGCAGUGCAUAACCAACGAACCAUCGCUAUAUAAAAUGGUAGGAAACAUUGCCAAGAAGUCAUGGUUAGCCAUCACUGACCAUGCCAAAACUUGCGUGAUAGAUGAUUACAAGCUUUACAGCUAUCACUCCCUAGAACUGCAAAUAGGCCUGCUAUUCAAUUCCAUCUACAUCCUUGUGGGAGUUACAUUUGAUUGGCAAAAUUAUUAUUCACCAGAUACUCUCACUCCCGAAGAAAAGUUCCUUCUUCCUUGGCAGCAUUUGGUGGAAAUAGUGAAGAAGCAAGCUUACAAAAAUGUCAACAAUAUUGUAUUGAUUGAUGAAACUAAAUUGAACUGUUUAAAUCUGGCUGCAUGUCUAAAAGCAAGGCAGUCUGACACUCCAGAUCAAUAUCUGCAACACAUGAAUAUCUCAACUGCACAAGUAACAUUCCCAGAUUAUAGUCAACCAUUUAUCUCUGCUUCAUACACUGAUGAAGGAAUGCAUGACAACCAAGUUUAUGCCGAUCCACUGACAGGAACAAGAGAAAUGCCACAAAACAGUCAUGUGUUGGAUGAAUUAUCCCCUGAAAUGUACACUGAAGAGGAUAGUUGUCACUUUAAUGGAUCGUGUUUUCCAUUCAUGCAAGGUGGAUAUUCAGCAGAGAAUGAAGUCUCAGAGACUCAAUUCAUAGAUAGUUGUUCUCCUUAUACAACAUGGCAACCAGAAACUGGCCUUUUCUUUGGAUCUUCUGAUGGAGAAGAAUUUAACAGUUAUUCUACUUUGGUAAAUUCUGCUGUGAACAUACCAAGUAGUGGCAAACCGAAAGCAGCGUGGUAUAAGAUUGCUUUUGCUCUCAAAUGGGUCAUAUCAGUGAAAAGGCAUGCAGCUGCCAGAAAGAAUGCUCAGCUGUUUUAUUAUAAUAACUAUUAG